UUACUAUACACCCUGUGAGGUGUCAGUGCAGGUCAGCGGGGGAUGUGAGCACACAUGAAAAGAAUCUCGGUCCAAGUGCAAGUUUAAGCCUAACCAUGGAGGCAGCUACUAACCUGCAGAUACUCCUGGGGACUUUGAUCUUCAUCGCUGGAUCAUCCCUUCAGGAUCAGCCCCCUUCCCCUCUGGCCAAAAUCAGGAUUCGGCGCUCAGGAGUCAAGGAGUCUUAUCAUUAUUAUCAUAUGAAGAGAGGUACCUCUAGCCGCCAGCGACGAGCCUGGAUUAUUGAUGCAUUCGAGAUACAGGAGGAGCUGCCCGGUCCCUACCCAAAGCUAAUUGGCACCGUCAACAUGGAAGAUGGGGCCCAGCUCCGUUAUAAACUUCAGGGCAAAGGAAUCAAUGAAGAACCAAAGGGGCUUUUCCAUAUUAACGAGGAUAAUGGAAACAUUUACGUGCAUGAUAAAGUAGAUUUUGAAGUCACACCCGUAUUCCACUGGGAAUUCCACGCGAUCAACAAAACCUCCAAUAAAUUGGGUACAAAACUCGGAAUCCAACUCAAGGUCAUAGACAUUAAUGACAAUGCCCCGGAGUUCAGCUCAAGCUCCUAUGAAGUUCCCGUUAAUGAAAGCUGCAUGCAAGGGUUUACAGUCUUCACUCUACUCGCUUACGAUAAGGAUGACCAUUCCAGUCCCAACUCCUUGGUGCAUUACACCCUCUUGUCUCAGACGCCCGCCGACCCUGAUGUUGAAUUCACAGUACAUAAAGAAAAAGGCUUCAUAUCAUUCAAGGGCUGCCUUGAUUAUGCGAGAAAUAAGAAUUACAAGUUGCAAUUUGAAGCGAAGGACAAUGGCGCCGCAAUCCAGCAACGCAACCAGUGCGAAAUGAUAAUCAAUAUAAUAGACGGGAACAAUAACCCUCCUAUUUGGGCGAAUGGAGAGGGUCCAACGGAGAUUCCAGAGCGAGAGGGUAACAGAACAGUCAUACGAUUGGCUGUGACAGACAAAGACACCCCCUUUACUCCAGCAUGGAGGGCUGUAUACUCAAUAAUAGAAGGCAAUGAAGAUGGAAACUUCAAAAUAGAAACCGACCCCGUAACCAAUGAAGGGAUCCUCACAGUUAUAAAGCCCUUAGAUUAUGAGACGAGCUCACAGAACAACCUUUCGAUAACCGUGGCCAACCAGGAGCCCCUGUUUAGCUGUAAAGUUGUGGAGAGGACCCCAUUUGGACUGUGGGUCGUGGACGCUGCCAAGAAGAUCAAAGCAAAGACUCUGACACCCAUGAAAGGAGUGAAUGUGAAGGUGAAGGAUGUGAAUGAUCCUCCCCAGUUUGUCAGUGAAAAAGUCGGAUAUAAUGUAGUGGAACAUUCUUUGAAGCCUGGAAGCCCGGUUGGGAGAAUACAAGCCAAGGAUAUGGAUAUCAUUUCUCCAAAUAAGAUCAAAUAUGUUAUCUUAAAUGACCCCGCUCACUGGGUAGCUGUGAAUGAGGAUACGGGGGUCAUAACGUGCACCCAAGAUAUGGAUAGGGAAUCGGAGUUUGUAUCCAACAGCAAAUACAACGUGACCAUUCUGGCGGUGGAUGAUGGUGUCCCAUCAAUGACCAGCACCGUAACCUUCAUUAUUAACCUCAAGGAUAUUAAUGACAACACUCCAACAUUGGAAAGUCCUUACAUGUCUAUAUGCGAAAGUGAGGAGGAGGCGCUUAUGUCGACGCCUAUUAUUGACAGAGAUCUAGAUCCUUACUCUGGACCUUUCUAUAUCGAGGCACUGGACAAGGCAACAGAGAAGAAACAUUUGAAACUGAUGGAGAACAAUGAUAAUGUCCUCAAAGUUCUGAAACUCAAAGAUGCCCCGAGGGGAAAUCACACGCUCAGACUGGAAAUUUAUGACCGCCAAGGGGUGAUCUCCCAGCAGAACUUCACAGUCUUUGUGUGCGAGUGCCUAGAGGGUGGGGUUUGUUUGGAAAAAAUGAACGAUCCACCUACUAUGGGUGGAGGCGCCAUUGCCCUACUGCUUUUACCCCCAGUGUUGUUCCUAGGACUAAGCCUUCUGCUUUGCAAGAUUCAGAGAGUUAAAGUGAUGGUCCCGGUGGAGCAAGAACCUUUACAUUCUAUGAUUGCCUACAACGAGGAAAGUGGCACCAUGGACUGCCAGGCUUCACCCUCUGUACUGGACAAUUCACCCAAUCUUGUUGGUCAAGGAGUCAAGGAUGAGGGCGGAACAGCAGCGGCAGCAGCAGAAGAAGAGAUAGAUUCAGUGUUCCACAGAGCAAGCACCAGAAAGUACUCAGCCCCGGCUUUGAUGAUGGAACAAAAGAUGAUGCUUGCCCGUUCCAGCAACCAGCAGUACCAGUUUCAAAGGCAGCAGUCACUGAGACAGACGACCGUGACAUCCAUAAAGCGUGUAUCCGCCAGGCGCCACUCGAGUUUCCAUGGAGAACGAAGGGCAAGUAACCACAUGCUGAGGCAAAUGGCUGCGGCAGGACAGCGACGCUCUAGUGCAACCAAUUCCAGCUCUGCAAGGUCCUACCAUUCCAAAAUCUUGGAGAACGUAAUAAAGCAGAAACUGGAUUCCCAUGUGGACUAUGACCUAGCGACCCCCAAGCCUCGGGUCUACGCCCUGGAAGGAGACCUGUCCCCGGCACCUUCUCUUGAGGCCCUCAGCAUAGCAAGCAGCUGCAUUGACCCGGAGAGACUGGAAAACCUUGGUUCUAAGUUCAACGUACUGGAGAACAUGUGCGCGGAACAAAUGCUCAAGGGAUUCGUAGAAGAACCUCAACCAUCUCAGCAACAUUAUCAGUUUGACGCCAGUGUUUGAGUGUCAGAGACGCUCCCUUGCCGAGAACGUACCCUGCAGAGACGUUUUAUGACUUGAAUUCUCCAGGCGAGAGCGUGAUCAAAGCCUGCUCCUCUCAUUGGUCAGUUUAUUGUCCUGCAAGUUGAAUACGGUUAUGGACUUCCAUUAAUGAAAAGCAACGACUUACUUGUCGAAAUCCCUUUAAACGCAUCGUAAAGGAGAAGGAAAGGUAAAAAUCACUGGAGGGUUCCAAAUGUUAGGUACCCCCCCUGUGAUUGUAAUCGCUUACCUUUUACCCCGGGCUGGGGCUCCAGUUAGGAGAAAACGAUUGCUGGAUCACACACAGUUGGUUGAGCCGGGCCCCCCCGCAGAAAAAUCUUUUGAGGGGGGCCCAGCUCGACCAGUCCCUCCUCCUCUGCCCCCCCCCACUUCCGGCCCCGAUUGUGACACACCUCCCAGCCCGACUUCGCUGCUAUAUUUAAGG